GGUAACGCAACAAUAGGUAAUCACAGCAACCGCAUUUCUGAUGUUUCCAAAAACAUCAACAUUGACAUGAUGUCGUGUCAUCAAUAGAAUAUCUAUCAAACAUUAAUUUAAUAAAUUCCUAAUAUAAAUACUAAUUUUUCGGGAAAAUGUCCGGAGACUACAGAAUAGAAUGGAUAAAAAAACUUGUCCUAAACAUGUUAAACUUAAAAGAGAACCGUUAUUUUGAGGAAAUGAUGGCCAGUAAAGAAGAUCUCGAAGAUGAAUUUGUUACGUUUUUGGACGAUAAUUACGUAAAGGGUGGCGAAGGAAAAAUAUUUUUUUAUAUAUUUAAAACACCAUAUGAAAAGUUGAUAGAGGAAGAAAUAUUUGUGAAAGUUCCAAAAAAGGAUGAUUCUUUUACGAAGAAAAAGAAAAAGGGAAAAGAAAAGGAAAGAAAAUCGAAAAGAGGCUCUAAAGAUGCCUUGGCAGAUUUCACAAGCUUUAUAGAAGGACAAGGCGAAGAAGGGAUGGGUGAAGAAGACGUAACAGAAGAAGGCGGAGAAGAGGAAGAUGUCGGGGAAGAAGGAGAAGGUGAAGAAUUAGGUGAGGAAGAAGAACAGCUGGGAUUUAUUCCAGAAGAGCAAUCACCUGUACCAACGAUAGUGUCUCUGCAAGGGGAAGAUGCAGGAGUGCCAGCCGCCCCGCUAGAAGGGGAAGAUGAAACUGAAGCAUCUACAAUUCAGUCUCCGGAUAUUACAGAACCUGCUGAAAUUGAAGAUACAAGCAAAAAAGGAGCCAAAGGCAAAGGCAAGAAAGGAAAAAAGGGAAAGAAAACUGAUCAAGCUGCAGUAGAACCGGAAGUGCCACAUAAGGUUGUACCAAAGGUUGAAUAUGUUUUAGUUAAACAAAUGGUUCAAAGACUGACAACUGAUUAUACUUUGCAUGGAGGUUUUGUUAGAAUUGGUACGCAAAUGUUUGAGGGCGAGAGCUGUCGGAUUAUUUAUUUGUACAGAAAAACCAACAAUGGUAUACCAUAUUUCGAAACAGAACAAGAAGCUAACUUGGAAAUGGUCAACUACAUUUUUUACGGAACCAGCAAUGCAAAUUUUCUUUCAAACGUUAUUAAUCUGUGCAACAGGAUUUACGCACCUCUCAUUAGCAAAUCCUUUACGGAACCCGCAAUAAAAAGAAAAACGAGUAAAUCAGAGAAAGAAAAACAGAAAAGUAUUUCUACUGAUGAAUCUAAACAGGACCAAUCCGAAGGACAGAGGCCGUCGGACACUCCAGAUGAAGAAUUAGAAACGAAAGAAACUGGUCCGACCGAAAAAGAAGAAGAAACUACUCCUAUUAAAGAUGAAUUAACUACCGAAGUGACUACUCUUACGCAAUCAUUGGUUUGGGUUUGCGAACAUGUCGAAGAUGAAGUAGAUUUGCCAAUGGUCGAUCUAAGUGACAUCAUUCACAGUACCCGUCCCGAUGAUGUCCUCAUCAAAGAUCCAAAAAUUGUACAAGUCUUGGACGAAGCCGUAACGGGUUGGGAGAAUCAUAUCAUUAGGAUAAUGGAAAAUUACGAAGCAAAGACACCCGUGGGCAAAGGUCCUCUUGCAGAGUACGAAUACUGGCACGACAUUGAGGCUGCUCUUAGUUCCGUGGUAGAACAAUUAAAGAAACCACUUUUGGUGCGAAUUUCUGAUAUGGUAGAGAAGGCUUUACCAGAGCUGGCUAAUAGAUUUAUCUUCCAACAACUAAGACUUAGAAGGCACUACGGACAGGCCAAAGAUAAUGUCAAGUUUCUGUCAACUGUCUUGAGAUUUCUUAAGACUAUUACACAAAGUAACGACUUUAAGAAGGUCACUCUGUGCAUACCGUUACUUAUGGAUGGAUUAGAGUUAAUUUGGAUAUUGUCCAAUUACUAUAAUAAUGACGAGGUCAUGGUACCGUUUAUGGAACGAAUAGUUUGGUGUUUAUUGGAUAAAUCACGAAAAUUUUUGAACAACGAAACAUUAUUUAGGAAUCCUAUUGAUGUAGUAAAAAAACUUACAGAAGGGUCAAGAGAAAUGUUGGAAAUGUGGCAAACCGCCUAUAUGACAACUAGACAACGGAUAGAAGAUUCUGGCAAAGGGGCUAGAUGGGAAUUUGAUAGAAGAAAGCUUUUUAGUGCAUCAAAUUAUAUGGCCAGAGUAUGCAAAGAUCUUAAUGAAGUGUCUACGGUAAUCUUCCACUUCAAAAAUAUAUUCGGACCGCAACUGAGGUCAAUAGUGAGUGAUCCACAAAGUAUCGACAACGUUGCCAAGAGAGUCGACAGGCUGGUGGUUCAAAUUGAAAAUACGGAUUUUGAUAUUUUCGAUAUGUACAGUAAAGAAAAUUGGGAUGCGAUCAUGGUUCAUUUCUAUAAAGAAGUGAAAAUUCUAGAAGAAGAAGCGCUAGGUUUUAUCGAUCAAAGUUUCAAAAUGAUUAGGUCAUCAGAAGAUGCGCUCGAUAUGUUAUUGAAGUUUAAGCUUUUCGAAACUAGAAAGAUCAUUAUGAAAAAAUUAAUGUCAAAGUUUGACGUCAUAUUGGAUCAAUAUGUAAAGGAAAUUUUAUUGGUCGACGAUAAUUUCACCAGAAAUAAGAGGCAACCCGUACUGUACAAAAACAUGCCAGCAAGAGGUAGCGCCAUCUAUUGGGCUCGCCUGCUGUAUUACAAACUUAAAAGACCGAUUUUAAAAUUCCAAAAGGUUCCCGAAAUAAUGAAUUCUUCAAUGAAAGAUGACACUUUCAAUCAGUAUUUAAAACUCGCCAAGGAACUGAAAGCUUACGAACAAAGUAAAUUCACUGAUUGGGUAAAAACUUUUGGAGCCACCAUGGAAAAAGCAAUGCAAAUGGAUAUUCUGAAAAUGGGGAUGAAGAAACAAUUGUCUUUUAGUAAGAAGAACACUGGUGCAGCUGUUCCAGUUGGUGCUACUUCUGCUAUCGGCGUCACUCGACCUUUUCCCUCAAAAUCUUUGAGUACGGGCAGUGUGAAUACAGCAAAAAGUAGGGAAUCAAAGGGUCGCCGCGAAACGAGCAUCACUAGUGAAUCAGCACAGCAAAUUUUUGAAAAAAUUCAAACUCAAAGAAAUUUGACCUGGCACGAAAUAAUUGGAAAUCAUAUGGCAGCCGACAUAGGUUUACAAUUCGAAAUAAACUUCGACGACAACUUGUGGUCCUGUUUUAAGAGCGUUGAACUACUCGAAACUAUGAAAUUUGUGCUUCCCGAUAGCCUUAGAAUGAUCGCGAUCCAGAAAGAGAAGACUCAGAGAAACCUCAAUGCCGUUGGAAACAUGAUCAGCAUGUAUAAUGAAAUUAUUGAUAAAUUAAAUGAAUCUCAGAUGCAUCUUUUAAAAGAAAAACUGCAAGAAGUUGAACUUAAUAUUCAACCCGGUCUUUCAAGAAUAAAAUGGUCAUCUCUUGGUAUUGCCGACUAUGCAGCAAACAAUAUUUCUCUGAUAAAUAAUUUGAAAACAUUGUACCUUCAAGUAGAACACGUAGAAUUCGAUUUGAUGAAGAGAACAAAAUCACUGGCACAAAUAAAUCUUUUUGAUUUUGUUGUGGAUAAUGAAGCUAUCGAAAAAAUAUAUUGUAAAGAUUUCUUUACCGACAUGUACAAUUUGCGUACCGAGAAAAUGUCUAAAGUAAUGAAAAUCUACAACUCGUUUGCGCCGAUUUUAAUAAAACUGGAAUCGAUGAUUUUGGCUUCAAAUUCAGGACGGUCACCUCAAAUGACGCCUUAUUAUAAAUAUUGGGAAGAAGAGUUGUAUAAAUCAUUCAUCUGGAUGACACUGAAAAAUCUAGAUACUUGGAUUAUUAAAUUGGAAUCCAAAGAGCCUCUGUUUCAUGUUGAUGCUGUAGUAGUUACUCCAGAGAUUCUGUUGAGACCAACAGCCACGGAAAUUUACAAUGUUCUCUUACGCAAUACCAAAAACUUUAUGGAACGACUUAAAAUGAUUCCAAGAUGGCAGGACAACUCUUGCAUUAAUUGUGAGCCUAUUAAAUUAUCUUCUAACGAGGAUUUUUUGCACAAUUUCUUCGACCAAAUUAUUAAAGUACCAGACGUUAAUGACUCUAUCACAAAAUUAGGCGAUACUUCGCACAGAGUUAUCCUAUCAGUACAUAAACAAAUUCAAAAAUGGAAGGUUUAUAAAAAUUUGUGGUCUGUAGAUAAAAUUUCAUUUUGUGAAAAAUUGAUUCAACGGACUACCAAUAUCACUGUAUUCGAUGAAAAAUUCAUGUUUUGGCUGGAAAUAAUUAAAAACGUGAAGGAGUACAACCCACUGAAGAAUAUUGACAGUAUACAGUUGAAUCUCCAACCCCUAAUGAGCACCAUCAUUGAACACUGCGAGGAAUGGAUACUAACACUUGGUACCUUAAUUGAUGAAAAUAACUCGACAAAAAUGAAAGAGCUGAAAGACAAAAUUGAAGAUCUAAGAGUUAUGAUAAGAAUGAAUAUAAAGGGUUUAGAAAAGUUCAAAAACGUUCUUUUUGCCAUCGCCAGCGUAAUCAAAGGCAACGUUGCUGCAGAAUUAGAAUUCUACAACUUCCAAGAAACAUAUAGAAUGCUAAAUCAGCACCACAUCGAAUUUUCAAAGGAUCACGAGACGUUAGCGUAUCAGCUGGAGAAAGAAUGGCACGUAUUGUUAUUGGCUGCCAUUUACAGGGAACAAUUGUUGGAGCCUGCCAAAGAAAGAUAUGCCGGAUUGACGCAAGCGCAAAUUGCAGAAUUUUUAGAGGUGUUGAAGGAGUUUAUGCAAAGAUACAUAAAUGAAGGACCGGAAGCUGUGGGGGAAAACUUGGACUUAGGUUUAAAACUUAUGGACGAAUACAAACACGAAUUCGAGGUUUUGGAAGCAAAACGACAAGAUUUGGUACAAGCUGAAAUGCUUUUUGAUAUACCGCUAGUUGACUACUCUGAUUACUUGUCUGCUAAAAACAGUUUUGAGGGAAUAGAAAUUAUUUAUAAACAUUUUAAAUCAUACAAACAUGCUAAAGAGAUGUGGGGAAAGACUCUCUGGGCUAAUCUCAACCCUAAUGCUCUCGUUGAGGGUAUAGACAACUUCAUCAAAAAUUUCAGAAAACUCCCAAAAGAAAUUAAAGCUUUGAGUGUUGGCGUGACUCUGGAGAACACGCUCAAGCAGUUUCGAAACGCCGUUCCUCUUAUGGUGGCCCUGAAAAACGAGGCUCUAAGAGAGAGACAUUGGAAAAUGCUUAUGGACAAAACCGGAAUCAAAUUUGACAUGUCCCCGGACAAGUUCACUUUGGAUAAUAUGUUUGCGAUGGAACUCCACCGUUACCAAGACAUGGCCGAAGAAAUUAUCAAUAAUGCCAUUAAGGAAUUAAGCAUUGAAAAAGGCGUUAAAGAUGUUGCCGAUGUUUGGGCUUCCAUCAGUUUUAUUGUUCAUAAACAUACAAAAGGACUUGAAGAUCGAGGAUAUCUGAUAGGAGCCACUGAUGAAAUAAUGCAAGUUCUUGAAGACAAUUCGAUGAAUUUGCAAAGUAUGGCUGGAUCACAAUUCGUCGGACCCUUUUUACCAAUAGUACAAAAGUGGGAAAGAGCCUUGGCCACUAUUGGCGAAGUAAUAGAUCAGUGGCUUCAAGUUCAGCGCAAAUGGCUAUACCUGGAAGGUAUCUUCGUGGGCGGAGAUAUAAGAUCGCAGUUGCCAGAAGAAGCGAGAAAAUUCGACGAUAUUGACAAGAUCUUCAAAAAAAUAAUGUUAGAAAGCGCAAAAAGACCCAAUGUGCUUGACUGUUGUACCACUCCAGGAAGAUUGGAAGAAUUUAUAAAACUGAGCGAAGGUCUUGACAGAUGCCAAAAAUCGUUGAACGAUUAUUUAGAUUCGAAAAGACGGAGAUUUCCCAGGUUUUACUUCAUUUCCACCGAUGAACUGUUGUCAAUUUUGGGCAGUAGCGAUCAUAAUUGUGUUCAGGAACAUAUGAUCAAAAUGUUUGAUAACGUCAAAGCUCUACGGUUUUCGAUAGACGCUCAAGAUCGCCCCGUAUCCAUCGCUAUGAUUUCUGGAGAAGGUGAGGUUAUGGAAUUUCGUACUUACGUUCUCAUCGAGGGUAAAGUAGAAGAAUGGAUGAACGAUAUUCUAAAGGAAAUGAGAAGGUCAAAUAGAUAUAUUACUAAAUGCUCCAUCUACAAUUACGGAAAGGUAAGAAGAGCUAGGGCGGCGUGGAUGUUGGAUUUUCUGGGAAUGGUUGUAUUAGCCGGAAGUCAAGUAUGGUGGACGGCGGAAGUGGAGAACGUCUUCGCGUCAUUCAAAAAAGGAAACAAGCGUGCCAUGAAAGAGUACCUCGGCCAAUUGAACAGCCAACUAGAUGAAAUUGUCUUUACAGUUAGAGCCGAACUGUCAUCUAAUGACAGAGCAAAAUUUAGAACAGUCGCUAUCGUGGAAGUACACGCUAGAGAUAUCAUAGAAGGCUUCGUACGAGACAGCGUAACCGAUAUCACUGAGUUUGAAUGGGAGAGUCAGCUGAGGUUCUAUUGGGUGAACAAUUUGGAUAAUUUAUAUGUGACGCAAUGUACUGGAUCUUUUGAAUAUGGUUAUGAGUAUAUGGGUCUCAACGGUAGACUAGUAAUUACCCCGCUGACAGAUAGAAUAUACCUGACCAUAACUCAAGCUUUAAUUAUGCACAUGGGUGGUGCACCUGCAGGUCCUGCAGGUACGGGAAAAACCGAAACCACCAAGGAUCUAGCCAAAGCUAUGGCGCUACUUUGCGUGGUCACCAAUUGCGGUGAAGGUAUGGAUUUUAAGGCCAUUGGUACUACUUUAGCGGGGUUGGCUCAGUGCGGUGCUUGGGGGUGUUUCGAUGAGUUUAAUAGAAUUGAUAUUUCGGUACUUUCCGUAAUAUCCACUCAACUCCAAACUAUUCGCAGUGCACUAAUGAUGAAAUUGGAAAAAUUUACAUUCGAAGGUGUGGAAAUUUCUUUGGAUUCGAAGGUUGGAAUUUUCAUCACCAUGAAUCCAGGUUACGCUGGCAGAACGGAACUACCAGAGUCAGUAAAAGCAUUAUUUAGGCCCGUAGUGUGCAUAGUUCCUGAUCUGGAGAUGAUAUGCAUGAUUUCUCUGUUUUCUGAUGGUUUCCUGGAGUCGAAAACUUUAGCUAAGAAGAUGACCGUAUUGUAUAAAUUGGCAAGAGAACAGCUUUCCAAACAGUUUCACUACGAUUGGGGUCUCAGAGCACUCAACGCAGUACUGCGUAUGGCUGGUGUAUUAAAAAGAGCUUCACCAGAUAUAAAGGAAUCACUGGUACUCAUGAGAGCACUUCGAGAUAUGAAUCAUCCAAAAUUCGUAUUCGAAGAUGUCCCACUGUUCUUGGGACUAAUUAAGGAUCUUUUUCCGGGGAUGGACUGUCCCAGGGUGGGAUAUCCUGAUUUUAAUGCUGCAGUAGAAUUUAUUUUAAAAGAAGAAAAGUUCAUUGUCCUCUCUUACCAAGUGGACAAAGUAGUACAAUUAUAUGAAACCAUGAUGACCAGACAUUCCUCAAUGAUUGUGGGACCUACUGGUGGUGGUAAAACUGUGGUUUUGACAACACUUUGCAAAGCUCAAACUCACAUGGGUUUAAUAACUAGGGUUCAAGCUAUGAACCCAAAAGCCUGCUCCGUUAUAGAAUUGUAUGGCAUUUUAGAUCCUGUCAGCAGAGACUGGACGGAUGGAUUGCUGUCCAAUAUCUUUAGGGAAAUGAAUAGACCUACUGAGAAAAACGAGAGAAGAUAUAUUCUAUUUGAUGGAGACGUUGAUGCCCUCUGGAUUGAAAAUAUGAAUUCGGUCAUGGAUGAUAAUAGGCUAUUAACGCUUGCAAAUGGCGAGCGUAUUCGUCUUAAUACUCCUGUAGUAAAUUUGCUUUUUGAAGUUGGUGAUUUAAUGUAUGCUUCGCCUGCAACUGUUUCCAGGGCCGGUAUGGUGUACGUAGACCCUAAAAAUUUAGGUUUCAUGCCCUUCUGGGAAAAAUGGGUAAACUCAAGACAAAAUCCAAUUGAAAGACAAGCUUUCAUUGAUUUAUUUGAAAAAUUUAUGCCAGACCUCUUAGCAUACAUUUUAGAAGGAACUCUUGGGCAAAAACAGGUUUCCCCUCUAAAAACCGUAAUACCUCAAACCGGCCUAAAUCUGAUAACCCAGUUUUGCUUUAUGGUGGAUAUCAUUUUUCCUCAAAACUAUGAUUACGUCCCAAAAGAAGAUGAGGAAGCAGAUAUGGAUCUCAUGACAGCUAUAUUCUUGAUUUGCUUGUAUCAUUCGUUGGGAGCCCCGUUAGUAGGUCAAGGUAGAAUAGAUUUUGACGAAUAUUUGAAAUCUCAGAAUUCCCUGAUGUAUCACGACGAUACUCCGGAGAGUCCGUGCGAUCUAAGGCAUACCCCACACGCAUUUCCUACGUACUACGAUUACUACUUAGAUAUAAAAAAACAGUGUUGGAUAGCUUGGGAAUGGCUAGUCCCGCCAUACAUACACGAUCCCAAACGAAAAUUUUCUGAAAUUUUGGUGCCUACUAUAGAUACAGUUAGGACCACUUUUCUUUUGGAUUUGAUGAACAAAAUACGAAGACCCAUCGUUCUUAUCGGUGAGACCGGGACAUCUAAAACGGCCGUCAUACAAGAUUUUCUAAGAAACCUCGACCCAGAAGUUUUUAUAGUCAUGAACAUAAACUUUUCAUCCCGAACGUCAUCGAUGGACGUUCAACUGAACUUAGAAUCGUCUGUAGAGAAACGAACCAAAGAGAUUUACGGUCCUCCUAUGGGAAAAAAACUAAUUUGCUUCAUGGACGACAUGAAUAUGCCGCAAGUGGACGACUACGGCACUCAACAACCCAUAGCUUUAUUAAAAUUGCUAUUCGAAAGAGGAGGAUUUUAUGACAGAGGUAAAGACCUUAAUUGGAAAAUACUGAAAGACAUUUCAUAUUUCGCUGCUAUGGGCGUAGCGGGAGGCGGAAGGAACGAAGUCGAUCCUCGCUUCAUGUCAAUGUUCACUGUCAUUAACUUAGUAUUUCCAACGACCAGUACUCUCCACAGGGUAUAUACGUCCAUUUUAAGUGGGCAUCUGAGAACCUUCGAAGAUGAGGUCCAAAUCGCACCGACGCUAAUAACCAUGACACUGAAUUUAUAUAAUAUUUGCGUAAACCAAUUGCCCCCUACCCCCAGCAAGUUUCAUUAUAUUUUCAAUAUGAGAGAUUUGUCUAGAAUAACCGCAGAAAUCGAAAAAUCGAGAAAUCGAGUAAUCGAAAAAUCUAAAAAUAAAAAAUUGAAAAAUCCAAAAAUCCAAAAAAAGGAAAAAUCGAAAAAACCAAAUAUCGAAAAAGAGGCAAUGAAUAGUGACAUUUCACAUUUGAAAAUAUGA